AUGACUACUAAGCGACGGCUAAAACGUUACAUACCAAAUUUAAGUGAACUCGAAUAUGAUUUACAAUGUGAGUGGGGUGCAGAAUGUAGUCUUAGAUUAAAGGAUCUCAAAGAAUUCUAUCGACAUCUGGAUGAACAUCUUUCGCAUUAUAUUAAUCAAUAUCAACAAGUACCAAAUUUAACUUGCCAAUGGCGCAAUUGUGGCCAUGUAGAAGAAAUCGACAUUUCAUCUUUUAUUCGGCACGUACAAUUUCAUGGUUUUCAUACAAAAUUAAAAUAUCUUGGAAUGAAAACAUGCGAACAUAAUCAUCCCAAUAUUCCUCCAUGUCAAAAAUCAAUUGAAAAUCGAAAUAUUAUUCCAGAUUUACCUGUAGAAUUUCGUUGUUCAUGGGGAGAUUGUCAAUUCACCAAUAGUCAUGCACAACUUUUCUAUGAACAUGUAAAUCAACAUGCUGGCUCCGAUGUGUGUCGGUGGACAGGUUGCACGCAUCGGCCUGAUAAACCAUCUCGAAUUCGAGAACAUAUUCGUCGACAUACGCAAGAAAAAACGAUAGCUUGUUCACGUUGUGGUUCAUUAUUUUCGUGUGGAGUUAAAUUUAUUGAACAUUGCCAAUUAUCAACGGAAGUUUCACCCAAUUUUCAAUGCGACAAAUGUGCGCAACAAUUUCAAUCGAAAUCUCUACUCCAAAAACAUCUGAAUAAACAUGCAACCAAACACGCAUGUCCAUAUUGUACACAAAUAUUUUCAACUCCAUCGGGUGUUAAACGACAUAUUAUUUAUCGACAUACAGAUAUCAAAUAUUUUCAAUGCCCUGAUUGUUCACUUUCUUUUAAAUGUGCGAAUAGUCUUACAGUUCACCGACGUCGUUUCCAUUUACUUCCGCUGUUAGAUAAAAUAAAUGACGAUGACGGUGAUGAAGAUAAACAGCAGCCUACUGAUUCGAAUGAUAAAAAAAAACCUCAAUACAAAUAUGCAUGCCAUUUAUGCAAUCGAUGUUUUUCACGUGGAAAAAAAUUAACUGCACAUUUACUGAAAAUUCAUCAACUUGGAAAAGCGAUGGGGUGUACUAGAUUAAGUUAUACAAUGCGAAGAGAUGGUUUUUUUCGUGUACAAAGUGAACUCGUACCUGUAUCAAUAUCAUCUGAAUACGCUCUUACGCAACAGCAACAGCAGCAGCAACAGCAACAACAACAACAACAACAACAACAAACAAAUUUGCCGUCAACAUCUCAACAUCUUCCUCAAACGACGUGUGCAUCGUUUUUAAUCAAUCGUUUAUUAAACGAUCGUGAAGAUGGAAACCAACAUCCACCAUUUAGUCCAGAAUUUGAACUCGAUAAUUGGAAUGAUAAUGAAACUGAAAAUACUGAUCGUGAUGAUGAUGAUGAUGACGAUGAUGACGACGACGAUGAUUAUGGCAAUGAUGAUGAUGAUAUUACAGAUUAUAUCGAUUUGUGCUCGAAACGAGCAAUGCAUACAGCAGAUAUUUUAUAA